CAAUUCGGUCGAAACUCGACAUUGGCCAUUGGACGUAGUCGUAUCAGAAAUGAUCUACGAUACCCUUUUUUAUUAACCUUUUUAGCAACUAAUAAAAACGCAUUUACCAUUUUUCCCUCGAUGCCCAGCGCAUCUUUAAGACAAGAUGUCUGAAGUUCCAGAAAAUGCACCAGAACAUUGUCCAGGAACGGGGAGUGAGGAUGCUGGGAAGGCAUCGGCAUGUCAAGGAUGCCCAAAUCAGAACAUAUGCAGCAGUGCUAAACCCACACUAGACCCAGCUGUUGCAGAGAUCAAGGAGAGAAUGUCUUCAGUGAAACACAAGCUGCUGAUCCUGUCUGGGAAAGGUGGCGUUGGCAAGAGUACGUUCACCUCUCACCUCGCGAGGGGGAUGGCUCGAGAUGAAAACACACAGGUUGCUGUUUUAGAUAUUGAUAUCUGCGGACCGUCUAUACCGAGGAUUAUGGGAUUGAAUAACGAACAGGUGCAUCAGAGUGGUUCAGGAUGGUCCCCUGUGUAUGUAGAUGACAAUCUAGGUGUUAUGUCUGUUGGAUUCUUGCUCAAUAGUCCCAAUGAUGCUGUCAUUUGGAGAGGACCCAAGAAAAAUGGUUUAAUCAAGCAAUUCUUACGAGACGUCGACUGGGGAGAUGUUGAUUACUUGGUGGUAGACACGCCCCCUGGUACCUCCGAUGAGCAUCUAUCUAUCGUCCAGUACUUGAAAGGAGCUGGGGUGGAUGGAGCUGUUAUAAUCACCACUCCUCAGGAAGUCUCGUUAAUGGAUGUGAGGAAAGAGAUCAGCUUCUGUCGUAAAGUACAGCUUCCUAUCAUAGGGGUUGUGGAGAAUAUGAGCGGCUUUGUCUGCCCCAAAUGCAAGAAUGAAUCCCAGAUAUUUCCUCCUACAACUGGUGGAGCGUCCAAGAUGUGUGAAGAUCUCAAGAUUCCACUCCUUGGGAAGCUCCCUCUUGAUCCUAGAAUAGGAAAAUGCUGUGAUGAGGGGAAUUCAUUCUUUGAUGAGGUACCUGAUUCACCAGCCACUCAAGCUUAUCUAGAGAUUAUUGAAAGGGUAAAGUCAUACUGUAAUAAGGAAGAGACAAUGGAUUGCACAUGACGGAAGGAAGACUCAAAUUUUAUGAAAAAACUGGACAGUUUGUCUGCCAUGUUGGAUUGAAUACAGUGGACGACUGUGGAGUCUAAAUUUAGUGAAGUAAUAAAUUAUAUCAUGAAUAUGUGAAUAUAAUCAUGACUAAUGAUAAUCAAAGGAACCUCCUGUUGUGUUUCCCUUUCUGGAUACAUUUGUUGAUAUCAGAGAUGCCAGUUUUCGGGCUUUUGCCUGACUUGAGGCCCUUACAACUUUACAGGCUUUAAUUAUAUUCAGGCUUUAUAGUAUCCCGCACACAUGGAGCGUUGGCAUGUUUUGGCUUCAUUUCAUUUCAGGCCCAGUGAGUAAAACUGACUGGCAUCCCUGUGAUAUAAUGGGCCCCAUCUUACAAAGAGUUGCGAUUGAUCCAAUCAAUCACAACUAUGGACGGCCAGCAACGUCAGCAUCCAACAUGCAGAUUAGUUCAAAAUAUUUUCGAGAUACGAUGUGUAUUCAUACUUUCAACGUUCUCUUGAAGACUCGGUGUGAUUCUCUUUGUGUAUUAAGGAAAUUGCGCAAAUUUCCGGUAGAGAAAAUUAUGGUAUGGAUGGAUUUCCAUACAGUUGCGAUUGAUUGGAUCAAUCGUAACUCUUGGUAAGAUGAGGCCCUGGUGUUUCUUGACACAAAUGGUUAUUUUGACCAACUAAAUUGCUCUGGACCAAUCAGAUGCAAGGAUUUAACCCUAAAUAGACUGGGCUAUUUUAACGCCUAAGACUGGGGGGGGGGGGGACUGAUUCAGCCCCCCUUAUGACCUCGGCCGUCGUUUGCGCGAUUGCGACGGAAAUUGGCACGCGCAUUAUCCAUGGCAUAAUCUAUAAAACUACAAGAUCAAAUUUUGCAAAAAAUCUCAUUGCUAAUUAUUUACGCUAACUUAUGUGUAAAAUCAAAAGUUUGCUCUAAUUAACUAAAUAAUGCCCCUAAAAUGCUAAUUUUGGUUCACAGUCUCUUUAUAGGAAUCUGGUCAAAUGUACUUUUAAAAAAUUUAACAUCAAAUUUAUUUUCUUAUGUAUUUUAUUGUUUUUUAAAUUUCAUAUGUAUUUCUUUGAUUUUCGACUUGUUUUUUAUUGUUUUUUUCAAUGGAAAUUGUUUGGGAGUUUAUUUUGAUCAUAACUAAGAUGAAAUUAAUUGAUUUCAAUUAGUAAAAGGAAAAAUAAUGAUACAUUUAUGAAUUUUGGCUAAAAAAACUUUGCAUUGGAUUUGCACACAAAUUCACGCUUUUUAGCAAUUUCGGGUCUGCAUGCACAUACAAAAUGAUGCGUAAAUUCGGAACCGCAUACCCGGGGGUCGCAAUUUUGGUCUCAAAAGUUACGCGACGGAUUUAUCGCCAAAAAUGUUGGGGGGCUACCCCCCCCCCCCCCUGCCUUAUUAGGGUUAACUAGAUAACAAACAUUGGAAAUCAUUAUUUGUUUCAUGGAAUGUGUCUAUGAUUUUGUUGAUUUCUUCCUCUUUUAGUAUAAUUAUUCAUGACUAGGGAGCAUUUUCAUGAAAGAACUUGUCAGACAUUUUAUCCGACAAGUGCUGUUUCAUGAUCUGACAUGUAACCAUAGUAACGGUGCUCAACCAAUCAAAAUCAAGUUAAGUAGUCAGAUCUCAUUAAAAUGUAGAUGAAAUGCUCUCCAGAGGUUAUAGGCCCUUUUAGAAUUAUGAAUUCAUUUUGUACUAAUAAUAGUCUGGUUAGCGACUCCUGUCAAUUUAUGGGCAUUUCCUUUCUUAAAUAAAAACCCUUUGAUUAUUCUAUUAGAUAACUUCAUUGCUUAGAUUUCAUACUUCAUACAUGUAGUUAUCAUGUUGCUGAGUGAGCAAUCUUCCAUUGCCAAGACUCAAGCACAGCCUUUGUAUAUUGUAAGGGCAAUUCCAUUAAGUUCAUACAUCCCACCCCCUAUAUGUUAGACCUUCCGGAAGUGAUCUGUCUUUGUUGAUUUGGAUGAAAAGUUGUAAUGCUCUCAAAUUAUGGCUUGGGCUGUUCACGAAGUGAAGUAAGAGUGGGGAAAAACUGGGAUCUGACGUACAAAAACAUUGAUUAUUUUAUGGAAUUGUCCCGGUGACAUUUGCUCCUGUGACAAAUUGCUCUGGGCUUAAUUUCGUCUAAGAUGUAGGGGUAGGGUUGCUGGUUAGGUUUAGGGUAGGGUAUACAUAGUAGUAUUAAAGUGCCCAGGGUUGAAGUUGGUCAUUUGAUUAGUGUGUGGAAUUUAGAGCAGAGCAAUUGUCGCUAGAGCAAAUGUCAUGGAACCAUUGCCCCAAAUUAAACCGAUGGAGGGGUAGGGCCUGACUCAACCCCCCCCCCCCCUUCCAUCAAAGUCUUGUUGAGAGUCAAAAUAACCCAGUCUAUUUAAUAGGUUAAGCAUGAAUAUUGGUCACACUUGACUCUUUGAAAUCAGCCCUAGGUUUAGAAAGUCUAUGCUGUGAAAAUUAUUCUUAUCUUCCAUAUAAUUGACUGAGCCAAAAUUGUUUGCAGUAAUUGGAAUGCUUUGAUAUGGAUCGUGAUAUCUUACUGUGGUACAGAUCAAUUUGUGAAACUGCAGUAACAAAAUGAACAUGUUUUUCUCAUGGUAAAUAUUAAAUAAGAAAUAUUUUGUACAAAUGA